AACCCCUAAGAAAGGGUUCGAAUUAUUCGAUUUUAAGUGCGUCGAUUUCUCACGGCUCUUUCCUGCGCGUAUUGAAGACACUUUCGUGUCUGUGGAACAAACUCACUCGCAUCUGAGUCGCAUCGAUCCCUCGGUCGCUCGAUCAGGUGUCAUCCUCCUUUUGAAGGUUCCUUUGGGCUGAGAGUCAUCAUACGCAAUCGGCGAACGCGAAAGCAGAAUCAGUUUCUAGAUAAAGAAUUUUUUGAGGAGCGAAACACAGCUCAUGGCUACGGGUUUCGGUGAUAAAGACUAGUUUGGUGUUGUGAAAGCACAAAGGGAGGCCAAAGCUCAGGCCAUAGACGUAUCGUCGGCAAGCUGCCUUCGUAAGUUUGACAGACAGACAGACAGUGACAGACUCGAGGAGGCGGGCCGAGACGCGUCGAUGUCUUCGAUAAAUAUAAGAUAUAUAUACCGCGAUGCCUCGAUGAAACGAGCUUGCAAAGCGCAAACGCGCCGCCAGAAUUGUCGAUCGACCGAUGUGUGCAUCUUGCUAAUCCUGUCGCUCGCGCGAUGCUCGCAGUGUCACAAGGGAAGAUUAUGCGCGACGGAUGAGUACCUCGAGGACUGGAGUAUACGGCGGAUCAUAGGUAUUGUACCGUGUGAUUGUCGAUGCUCCUGGAACGUUUCUCACGUGCGAAGAGUACAGGGAGUACGAAAUUGUAUUUCAUUAAAGAAUGUCUAAAGAUGGAUCUCGUAUCUGCCGGGACGUUAGUUUGUGAGAGAGCGUGGGCAAUUUAUGGCAAUUACCUCAUCGUCAGUGUAUGCUGACCGUAAAGCGACCGAGCGCGUCUUCUUCCGCGCGAUCCAACGUCAUGGGAAGCGACUGCUGCAAAUGCACCAAUGGUAAAAAAAACGCCAUUACAGGAUCCUCGUCUGAGGGAUCGGAAUAUCGAAUACGAGACGGAUUGCCAAUCUCAUCGGAGCGCUACCGGUUGUCAAUGCGAGGCAAUGUCGUGCAACUGGCCCUGAAACAAUCGCAAAAGAACGACGCGGGCUACUAUUCGCUCGUGGCGACAAGACUCGGGCAAGAUAAAGGAGCUUCGAAGAAGAUUCACAUGAGUAUCGACGAGACGAGCUACGAAGAGGGCGAGCCCCCCAUCUUCUUGAGAAGAUUGAGCGAUCUCGCUGUGAAAGUCGGCACCCGAACGAGAUUUCUCGUAGAAAUCCGAAGCGCGACGACACUGAAGAUAACGUGGUACAAAAAUGACGCGGUUAUUCACGAAGGGCCGAGAUUCUCCCUCGUUCACGAGGGUAAUUUUCACUGCGUCGACGUCGUCCCCGUCACGGUGGAGGACCAAGGACGCUGGACCUGCAUGGCGGAGAACCGUAGCGGAAGAUCCUCCUGCACGUCUACUCUCACCGUCGUCGUCCCAAAGGCCUACAAGAAGCCAGAGUUCAUCGAGGAACUUCGCGCGCUCCUCACCGAGACCGGCACCGUGUCGUUGGAAUGCAAAGUAGUCGGUGUGCCCACGCCGGUGCUGAGGUGGUUCAAAGACAACAAGGAGAUCAAGGCUGGUGAUGUCUUCGCCCUAACCGCCAAUCCCGAUGACCCCACGUCUCUCGGGGUUUACACCUGCGAGGCGGUUAAUUGCAUGGGAACCGCUUACUCCUCCUCGAAGGUUCACGUAGUCGGAAGGGGAAGUCGAGAGGGUUCACUAAAGCCGGCGGACGCUCUGACACCGUCUGGACCACUUCCGGUUUUCAAGCAGAUACUACAGGACGAAUGCUGCCGAAUUGGAGAUACUCUCGUGCUAUCUUGCCGAGUUCAAGUACCACCAUGGCCGAGGGCAAUCUCUUGGUACAACAAGGGAGGCCGCGUUGAGUCCAGUGAGAAAUACCACGUGAUGGAGGACGGUAUCGGUGGGUAUUCGAUCGAGGUGAAGCAAGUGGAAGCCGUGGACGAGGGUGAGUGGAAGUGCGUCGCCACCAGCGAGGAGAACAUGAAGCAGAUCACGAGCUGCUACGUGGCAAUGUCUAUCCCAAGGAACUACAGAAAGCCGCGCUUCAUGGAGAAUCUGAAGGCCGUCCUGACGGAAGAAGGUCUAGUCUCGUUCGAGUGCAAAGUUGUGGGCUUCCCGACACCAUUGCUAAGCUGGUUCAAGGACGGUCAGGAACUCAAGCCGGGAGACGUCUAUCAGCUGACCGGGACUAAUUCGUUAGGUUCUUAUUGCUGCAUCGCGAGGAACUGUAUGGGCGAGGCCAAGAGCACAGCUGAAUUGACUAUCGAGGAUAUUCAGAACCAGUUGAACGAAGAAGAACGCUUCCAGCUCUUGAGCAGCAAUCAACCGCCGAAGUUCAUCAAGGGACUCAGAAGUUGCGAGGCCAGAAUAAACGAAGAUUUCCAAUUUAUAGUGCAGGUGAGCGUCGCGCCGGAACCAAAUCUCUCUUGGUACAGAGACGAUGCGCUGGUGGAUGAAAACGACAAGUAUCAUUUAGCGAAGGAGACCCUUGGCACAUGCCAUCUCGAAGUGCGAAAGCUCGAAUUUAUCGAUCAGGCCGAGUGGAAAUGCGUAGCGGCGAACGAUUUCGGCCACAGCGUUACUUCCUGCUUCUUGAAGCUGAUCAUCCCUAAACAUUACAAGAGACCGAAAUUCCUCGAGAGCCUGCGCGCGAUCCUAUCGGAAGAAGGCGCCGUGAACUUGGAGUGCAAAGUUAUCGGCGUGCCGCAGCCGAUCUUGAAGUGGUACAAGGAUAACGUGGAGCUCAAACCCGGUGACAUUCAUCGAAUCAUUUCCGGACAAGACGGGACUUGCUGCUUAGGUACUUACACCUGCGAAGCCACCAAUUGUAUGGGCACAGUCAGCAGCUCCGCGUCAUUGUUAGGAUUCGAAGACAAGAAAACUACGAAAGAGGUGCAGUCACCGAAUGGCCACGAGCUGGCGAGAAACCUGUCGUUGUCAACUAUACACGAGGAACGAACGUCGCAGCUAUACGAUACUCCGCAAACGGAUCAUUCGGUCACUCUGGACGAGCGAGGCGAGGUAUCCUUCAGUUUUGACGGCAAGGAAGUAUCGGUCAGCCUGUACGAGACGCCCGAUCUCACCGAGGAGGAGGCCCUGCAGAUCGUCGAGAUGUACGCCGAUCAGCUGUCCGAGCACGUUACGGAGCACAACGUGAUCGAGCUACCUCCGAUGAGAUUUGUCAAAGAGACGUCCACAUCGGGUAACCUGCUGAUGGAAGCCGUGGUGAUCGACGUGUCGCCCGAUUACUUUGUCAGCGCAGAAGACGGCGAUGAUCUGCGAACGGAAGCCGACUUCGAGGAUGUCUCCAUCAUGGACGACCCGACGAACGUUCUCUCGUCGCCUGAGCGCGAUUCCCGGAGUUCUCUGAAGAGAUCGUCAGCUCGAUACAACGGAGAAGAGGACGAGAAGGCACCCACUAGGCCACCCCGAAAGAAAUCGGCUAGCGUUUCCUCAUCGAGGAGCGAGAAGAGCCAGCGAUUCGAGUCCGAGAGUUUCCACAGCGCCCAGAAGGACGAGCCGCCCUUGUCUCCUCUCUCGUCUAUCAAACAAGACGACAGCGAUACCUUCGCGGACGCUCUGUCCUCCGCACAUCUCUCCGUCACGGAGAGUCCGAUCCAGAGACAAAUGGAGAACAGCGCGGCGGAUAACAGGAAACGCAGUCUGAGCGCCGAAAGGACAGCCGGCUCCAGUCUCGACGACGGAAUCGGCGGCGAUUCUUCCUUCGAUUCGGUGACCGGCGCACCGAAGAAGAAGAAGAAGAAGAAGCAACGCAGGAAGAAGCAACGACACGACAGGAGCAAUUCCGAGGAGUAUUCAGGCCCCAGCGACUACGAGGCGGAGAAAGAGAAAGGCGAAUUGGAAGGCGGAGUUGACACGAAGAGACAGCAUCCAACUAUAGAGUCACUCGACAAAAUAGAAACGGACAUUGGGAGUAGCGUCGAACAAAAGACGGUGAAGAAAUGCUCGACCACCGAAGAAGGACUGUUGGACAAUUCCAAAAGCGCGAGGAAAGCUGCCUCUGUCUUCGCGGAUCAACAUCCUGUUGGUCCGCAGGAGAUUAUUGGUGCCAAGGAAGAGGCCUUGGAAGCCAGAGAAGAUAUUCUUCUGGAGCCGAGGAUGGCGCUGCACCAAGCCCUGCAGACGUAUGAGAAGAUAUCAGAUGUCAAUUUGCCACCACGAUUAUCAAACAUUCGUCAGCGAGUCGAGGACAUGUAUCGCAGACUGGAGAUUCCGCGGGGAAGAAGUGCGUGCAUCGAGCUGUUGAUCGAUCUCGAGGCACCGCUGCGCGCGUUGCUGAAGACGAUUGGUGAGAUCAAGUUGGCGGAGGACGUGGAGAUCGUUCACAACAUUCUGGAGCCCUCUGUCGUUCAGUUGUCGCACGUUGUGGCGAAUCUUCAGUUGUCGUCCUUGCAGCCCACGUUGGUCGUCUUGAGGAAGAUCAACGACAGCAUUUGCAGCAUCCCCAAUGGCACGGAGGGAUCGUCCUCCUCCGCGAGAUCGAUCUCCGACGAAUCUCGAAACAUAUCCAGGGAGAUCGUGGAUCCUCUGAUCAACGUCCAAGCGGCGUUCAGCAUGAUCUUGGAUCGCAUGGAGCAAUCGGCGCACGGCGGCACGGCGAAUGGGGCCGCCAGUCCGCAGCAAGUACCGAGCACAACGGGCUUCGCAGCGUGUCUGAUAGAACUUCGAGAAUGCGUGUCUCACGCAGCGCACACCGCGAUGACGUUGAAGGAAAACGAGACGCUCAACAGUCUAACGGAGUUUGCGGAGCCUCUGUUGGAUCUUCAGUUGGCCCUGGCCUCGGAGGAGUACACUCCUCGGGAACUUCCGAUGAUUAAAGAAACGACCGUCGCCAUCGAGAGCUUGAGGAACGUCAUCGCAACGGUAGCGAAACGCUCCGGGCGCCCUGAGGCGAUCUCCCGGGUGGGAACGAUCCUGAAAGCUCUAGACGACACCGGCAAACAGAUGUCGAAAUUAGCGGAGCGACUGUCGGAGGCGAAAGACGCUCGCGGACACGCGCUGAAGAAUUUGAACGUCGACCAGAGUCUGAGCGGCGUGCAUUUCGCAUUGUCAUCGGUCUUGGAGAAGCAAGACAAGCAGACAGCGUCGUCUCAUUUGAUCAACUGUAUCGAGACGUUGCGUCAGGCUGUCGGCUCUUCGGCAGUCACAAUCGCCAGCUUAAAGAAUCCGACCGACGAUGAGAUAACGCGGGAGAUUAGCAGACUCAACAAAUCCUUGUCGGAUCUGCAGAGGAAUUUGUUGACGGACAAGCAUGACCCGGGUGAGGAAGCAAUUCUAUGCAACUUGAUGACUCCUAUUGGCACGCUAAGAGAAAUAUUUCACAGUGUGAUCGAAAGUGGCUCUUCGAUCGAGUCGAUAGCGCCGUUGCUGGAGUUGCUGGAGGAGAUAAGGAAGGACGCUCCUCUCAUAGCGAAGGAAAUAUCCAAGAAGAAGGAGAGAGAUGCUUUGAAGUCUGAAAGAUCCGCGGAGAAAAGAGGCGCCAAGUCCGCUCUGGCUGGUCAAAUCAGUCGCUCCUUGGACCCCAUCAAGAACUGGUUAUCCACCACGUCCGAGGACAGCACGAAAGAUGAGAUGGAGUCAGCGCUGAGCUCGACGAUCGAAGAAUUGAAGCGAGACGUGAGCAAAAUCGCCAUUCAGACAUCGUAUUCCGAGCCGCCGAGCGAUAAGAGCCUGAUAGAAGCGCUGAUCGAUCUUCGAGAGCCGCUGACGAGGCUCCAGACCGCCAUCUCCGUGUACCACGAGCCAGAGGAUCUUUCGACUUUGGAAGGCUUGGGCCGGCCUAUGAAGCACCUGCUGCAAAUCAUUAUGGACGUUCUUCGCGAACACCAAGAGGAAGAGUCGCUGCGGCCGAUAGUGAAUAUCGUCGAGCAGAUUGAAAAUCAGAUAUCGUUUUCGAUCAAAGAGGCGCUCUACCAGCAAGAACUCAGACAGUCCGACAAGACAUUCGCCGCGGAAACGGAAGAAGAGGUCGUCACUGCCUCUCGGGAGACUAUUCCGGGUACUCUGACAGAAAUCCCAUCUACUCCGUUCGAAGCCUCGUCCACCACAUUGCCCACCGAGCAAACCGCGACGGAGGAUGGCUCCAAGAAGUCAGCCGACGACGUCGCUCAGCAGAUCGCGAAGGACGAAAGACACGAGAGAGAGGAGAAUGCGAGCAAAUUAAUCAUGCUCUUGUCGGAGACGUUGGAGAAACUUCAACUGGAGAUGACUGGUGUUCUAGAGGAUUUCGAGGAGUCGUCCGCAAGAACCACUACGAUUCCUCAGUCGAAACUGGCUAAUUCCCUGGAGGAGCUGAGAAGAACAGUGUCUACAAUACGGGUGAUGACCACAGUCUACGGCGAAGAAAUUGGAUCAUUCGAGGAGAAAGUCAACCAGGCUGCUUUGGUACUGACCAACCUGCUGCAACCACUGACGAAUAUACGAACAGUUCUCUCAAGAACACACGAGCACGACGUCUUGGAGCUUAUGAUACUGAAUCGGUUGAGCCCGCUGCUGAAUACGAUGGAAGACCAUGUGAUAAGGCAGACCACCGAGUUUAUCGGAAAAGGCGAAGAGACGGAAAAGGAGUUCGAGACUCUCUUGUGUGUGCUCGGAGAAAUCAAGGAGGAAGUCCCGGUGGUGGUCCAGAAAAUAUCGUCGAGGCGUAAGAUUUUAGAGCACCUGAGGGACAUCACGAAGCCUUUAGAGAGUAUUCUGGAGCGCAUGAGUGACCUGGAGAAAGCCGCGGAGGAUACCCUCGAAACGGACGUGGCGAAAAUCUUGGGCAAGCCAACAGCCCUUCUUCUCGGAAUUAUCAAGACCGCUGCUCAAGAAUCGGACGUGCUGGAACAACGAGAACCGGUGGUCCUCGAAUUGCACAAUCUUGUGGAACCGCUUUUGGAGUUCCACACUUGUCUCUCGAUGGUGCAAAGCAGUCGACGAAGUCUCGUUCCCGAGGCUGCUCUGUUGGAAGAAAGGAGAAGCGUCAUUCUGCGAGCGGUCGACGGCUUGCGGAAGCAAGUCUGCGACACCGUCGAGGCGAUCGCGAGCACGUCGGGAGCAUCUUUGUUCGACGAGACCCUGACGUUGCUGAAUUCCGCGAUCCUGCAGGUGCAGAAGCAGAUCGGCAAGACCGAUUACUCACGCCGCUCCAGCAGCACCAAGAUUCCCCUUCAGCAUCGACUGACCGGCACGUUGAAUCGCUUAGCGAGCACCAUAACAGCUCUGGAAGAGCACACCGACGAAGACACGCACGAAAUAGUGGCCAAAUGCUUGGAAGCGUUGCAAAAGCAAAUUUCCCUCGCGCAAACGCAAUUUAUCCAGACUGAGAGUCAAUUGAUCGACGAGGAAGCGAUCGUAGAGGGCUUCCUUUACCCGACUAAUCAACUGUUGUCGGCGUUGAACGUUAUCAAGGAAAACGCGCAGCAGAGGGUAGUCUCGGCGACUCGGCCUAACUUGGCGGAUCAGCUUCGGCAAUUGGCCGGUUCUAUUUCGGAGAUGAGCUCUUCUUUGCUGGCACACAAAACGGAACUCGUUCGCGAAGGCGCUUCGAAAGGUGCGCCAAUCGUGGAGACCUUCACCGCCGUGAUAGAUGUCUUGGAUCACGUAAAGGAUAUUAUAGUGGCGAUAGAAGAGAUAGCGGAGGCCGAGCGGAAAGCGAGCGUGAUGAUAACGAAAGUGGAGAGUGUCACCGAUGAAAUUGUCGAAGUGUUCGGACAGAAGGAAAUCGAGAGUGUGAUGACGGUCACAGAGAUACCGCCGGCUGAAGCGGUGGUCGAGGAAACAGCUCAACUGAAGAUCCAAGAUACUCUGCCCGCGACACAAACGGCCGCUUCGGAAGAUCGAGAGUCGUUAAUCCGCGUCGAGCAAGCGGAAGGUGCGAGGAGAAGCGAGGAAGGCGAAAAAGAAGAUGAGAGACAGAGGCGUCUGUAUCAAGAUCAGAUGUCGAAGUUCAACUGUUCAAUCGAGAAUCUACAACAACCGUUGAGGGGACUGGUGGACUUUGUGAAAUCUGCGAUGCAAGGAUCGCUGGCUUCGAAAACGGAGGAGGACAAGCGAAAAGUACGCGAAUUGACGGGACUGAUACAAAACUUGUACGAUCUGCAAGCGACGAGCACUUCCGUCAAGGCGGCUUCGUCAUCUUCGUCGAUUACGCCGUUAGACAGCCAAUUUCGUCGAAUGGAAGAAAUCUUCGUCGACUUUGAGCGAGCUGUCGACAUAGUUAUUUCCCAGACUCAUGGAGAAGUACGGCCAGAACUCAAGGAGAACAUAAUGGCAUCGUUACAGUCCUUCGUUGAGCCCUUAAGUGCUCUGGAAAGUGCGUUGGUGUCUGUAUGUGCAACGAUCGAUGAAGGCAAAUUCAGCGACAAGGACGGAGAGCCUUUGACUGCGAUUCCAGAAGCUUUGGUAUCGUGCCUGAAGGAUAUCCUGAAAGCUCUGAGCGAGCUCCAGACAUUGAAGAAAUCCGUUGGGAUUUCCGGCGAGAAAGAGGCAGAAACGAAAACAAAGGGAGAAACGAAAGAUAUCGAAGUAACAACCGCGCGACCACUCGAAGAACUUAUAGAAGCCAUUAUGGAUUCUCAGGGACAGGUGAAGGGCGACAAGACCUCACCGUUUGAAUCCACCUCGCCAUCUACAGAUCCUAUCGAAUCCAAAGACAUCGAGGAUCUAAAUUCGAUGGAGGUGGAAGUGAGAUCGAGUAAGGCAGUUGUCAGGGAAGCAGAUAGUUCAGUAACGCAGGUUGCUGCAACGUCUGCAACCACGGAUGCAACGGAGACAUCGCAGCAGACAUCGGCGUCUUCGGCAGCACCUAGCCAAAUCGAGGAACUACCCGUCGAAGAGAGAGCUUUGACACCGAAAUCGUUGGCGGAGUCUCUGGAAGAAGUGAAGGAACUGAAACUGCCAGCGCUGAUUGCUCAGCAAACAGCGGAGUUAAACAGCCAGUCCCCUGAUAGCAGUAUAGGACAGGUAAAAGUCGAAACUUUGCGAGCGAUCAUCUGUCCUCUUCAAGAAGUGUGCAAAACAAUCGACGAGAUCGAAGAAAUGGCAGUUCCAGAAUUACCCGAGCAGCGAGCAGUCGCUUUCUCGACUCUCGUAGAGCCGUUACUGAAGCUGGAGCUCACGUUAAACAGGGAGACACAGCAAACACUGUCGAUAUCGUCCGAGGGUAUCGAAGAAAUCGAACAAGACUCGAUAACGUCGCACAAGUUGUCGAUCACGACGGUUCUGGAAGAGCUGCAAAAGUCUAUCGCCACGGUGCAAGAGCAAGUGCAGCUCAGCACCUUGGCUGAAGGCAGUUCGAUCGAAACGCCUACGGCGCGUCUAAUGCAAGCUGUCGAGCAGCCAUUGGAGGACCUGAAGAUGUCAAUCGCGUGUAUCCAGUCGGAGGCGAUGACUUGUCAGCAAGAGUCGGAAUUAUCGAGCGCUGAAUACGUCACGGUCCUGCAAACCGUUGCCAAAACGGCGGAGGAAUUUGGAGAUAGAUGUAUGUCUAUUAUUGGCCAGCUAAAAAUAGAAUCAGUGUCGCCGUCGCAAAUUGUCGAGCAAAAGGACCAAAAGCUGGACCCGGAACUCUUGCACAAGAUCGUUGACCCGAUUCACGUUUUGCGCGAGACGCUCUCUCAAAUUGAGGAUCUUCAAGACCGAGACAAGAGCGAGUUAUCGGAAAUUCCGGGAAAGAAAAGAGAGGCUGUUCAAUUGAACGCAGUGAUGCAUCCUCUGGAGAAGCUGGAGCAAUCGCUAGUGGCAAGCAUGCAGGGAAUUAUAGUGGUGCAGGAGCACGUUGCGCAAGAACUUGGCGAGAAUCGAGUUACCUUGGAAAGCGCGAGUCUGAAACCCGUGUUGGAAGAACUGAAGAACUCAAUCACGCUGGUUCAACAACAAGCGGCUGUUGGAGAGAAUGUUCUCGUCGUGAAAGCAAUCAACGAUGCUCUCGAAAGCCUGAAAUUACCAUUAGCGAGUGUCGAAGAGAUCGUCGAUCAUCUGAAUGAAGCUACCGGGAUGGAAACGAUCUCGGGGCUGUUGACGUUUGCAAAGUCGGUGGAGGAAACAACGAAUCGGCUGAUCACUGUGACGGCCGGUCAGCAGAUACAAGCACAGCAGGAAAUUCGAGAGUCUCCUUUGUUGAAGACGCUAACCGUCCCUAUUGAAGGGCUGCAGAGCGCGAUCCUGCGACUGGAGGACCGAAUGUGCCAAACGCUGGAGACAGAAAAGCCGACAGAGGCCCUCGCCUUAGAACGCAUGCUACAGCCGCUGCAACAGCUGCAGCGAACGUUCUUAACAGCGCCUCAUGAAGAAACCGCUUUAUUCCUGCAACAGUUGCCGAUUAAAUCAACCUUGGACGACCUGGGCAGAUUCGUGGCGGUGAUUCAAGAUCAAGUGAUGAGCGUGCAGGAUCAGUUACUCCCGGAGGCGAACGCAGACGACAUGGCGGUGCUGAAGGACUUUGUGAGGUCACUCGGCGAUUUGAGGACGUCCACGGUGGUCUUACAGCAACUGCACGCGAUAGAGAACGCUGGUCGGCAGAUCAUAGAGAUAGAGAAUGCGUCCGCGUUGCAGGCAUUCGCGAAGUCCAUCGAGGAGUUCAGAAAAUGCUGUUCCGUGGUAGUCGAGCGACCGAGGAUCGUCGAGAGUUUCGCGACGAUCGCGACUGAGCCGGGCCAAUUGGCCAAGGUAGACACGCAGCUGCUGGAGAACAUUAUUGCACCUCUGCGUAUAUUGCAAGAGCAGAUUUUAACUAUCGAGGAAACCAAGAUGCAGCAGUCCGAGGACUACGUUAUGGAGGAGAGGAAACAACCGGUCACAGUGUUGAGCAGCCUGGUUGGCCCAUUGCAGCAGCUCGAGAAGUCCUUCGUAGCGACGGUGCAGGAGCACGUGAUCGAGGCCCAUAACGAAGCGAACCGUUUGACACCCGAACUGUCCUCUGAGAGUAUGGAGAAGUUCGCGCUGCAGCCCAUCCUCGAGGAAGUGCAAAAGUCCAUCGCGACCGUUCAAGAACACGUGAUACUGGAGGCAGGUAGUCACGUGGAAGCAUCGGAAGCGGAGACCAUCGCGUUGCUGAGAUCAAUUGCGCAACCUUUGGUGGACUUGAGAGCUUCCAUCGCAUCGGUGCAACAGGUGGCCGCGAUCGCGCCAGAUUCCCUGAAUGAGCUCGGCCAACAGCAGAACAUUUCGACACUGGAAAUCUUCGCCGAGACCCUUCACAACUUGGCAGAGUGCAUAGCGAUGUGUAACCAUCAGCAAAUAGUCAUGGAACCUGCCGCAGACACCAUCUCAGAGGAUGUUUCGUCGCUGAACACGUGGGCGGACGUGAUCGAGGAACCUAUUUCGAGAGUUACGAGACCGGUGGUGAUCGAUCAGCGUACAGUAGAGUCUCCGGCCUCGAUUGCGGCCUCGAUUUCUGAGGACGAGGCCUCUAUGCUGAAGACCUUAGCGAAGCCUCUGACCGAAUUACGAGAAUGCUUGGCCCUGAUCGUCGAAGAGCGCAAGGUAAUCGCACCGAACGAGAACACAUCCUCCUUAACGGAAAAUGAAAAUAUCUCUUUGCUGAAGACGAUGAUACAGCCUUUGCUGGAGCUGAAGGAUGCAGCUACGCUAGCUAUUCAAGAGCAGACGGCCAUCGAGCGAGCGAGCGAACAUUCGUUCGCCAUCGAGGGCAAGAGUGAAUUUACUCUUCAUCCUUUAGUGGAACCGUUGGAAGAGCUGCGCCACUCGAUCGCGGUGAUACAGGAUCAAGUGCUCGUGGAAACACCAACGGAUCGGCCGGGAGAAGACGCCAUGCUAAAAGCAUUAGCCGAGCCUCUGUUUAACCUCCAACGUGCUAUAUCGGUUUUAGAGGCGCGAGUGAUGUCGCCGGACGUCGAGUCGAUGCCCGACGACACGAGUAACUGGAUCAGUGAGUGCUUGGCUACACCUUUACACGAAAUAGAAAGAUCGUUAGCCGAUAUUCGACAGUGCACCGUGAUGGAAGCCGCCAAGAUUCUCGUAGAGGAGAAAGGAAGAAUGUUAAUGCCAGACUGGUCGAUCGUCGAAAAACUGCUGAAGCCAAUGACAAGUAUUGGAUCAGUCAUGUCGCAUAUAGAAGGCGACUCUGUUAAAACCGAAGCCAUCAAAACGAUGGCGGGAGCAUUGGCCAGUGUGCAGGAGAAUUUGAUAUUAUUGAAAAACAGGUCGAAUUUGAGCACAGCUGGAGACGAGAACAACACAGAUGCUAUCGUUGAGUCGCUUUCUAAUCUUGAAAAAUGCAUAUCGUUCAUCGAGAGGAAAAUCACCGACAAAUCAUCGCCCGAACAGCUCGGUACGAUGGAAGUGGACAUUGCCAUAUCGUCCGCACUUAGUUCACCAUUAAGCGAAUUGAAACGUUCCAUUGUCACUGUGGAGGAGUCGCCAAGUGAAUAUCUGAAGAAACUGGAGAGACCAUUGGAGCUCGUGCAAAACGCGCUCGAGACAGUUGUAUCGGCGCAACGACAUGAAAAACUUUCGAUUUUAUCGGCGAAACUGCAAAGCAGCAUUUCGGAUAUCAACGAUUCGAUUGGAACUAUUGGACGCAGGCUGGAGGAGCAACAAGUGCCGGUCGUCGUCGAAGUUUCCAUCGAAUACGAGGCACUUGGAAUGUUGGCGAAACCCUUGCAAAAUAUUAAACAAUGUAUCGCACAAAUACCGGAGGAACCUAAUACUGCCAAUGUAAUGAUUGAUGCUCUCCAGAAUUUUGGAAAAUCCAUAUCUUUAAUACGAGAACAAUCGGCUGAUAAACCAUUGGCGGAAUCGCAAGAUACGCACUACGCUGCGAUAGGACUUUCGAAAAAUUUAGUGCCAUGUUUGCUUGAGAUGCAAGAAUCUAUAGAGAUCACGAAGACACUGUGGCAGGAGAAAACAGCGCUCGAAGGAUUAAUGAUUCUUGAGGAACCAGUUUGUAAGUUACAAACUCUGAUAAACAUCACCCGUGACCAAUUUAUAGCGGAAGAAAUAAUUUGGAAGAUGGAUAAAGAACAAAUAAUGCUUAAAAAGAAGAUUGCAAAGAAGGAGAAAGAACCGAGUGAAGAAGAGCAGAAGAAAUUCGAGAAAGGGGAAGAUAAAGAAAAGCAAAAGAUGGAGAGAAAAGAUGAAAAGUCAAUGAAAGAAGAAUCAGAACAGCAAAAAAUUGGUAAAAUCGAAAGAAGCGAAGAAAAAGAAGAACAGAAGGUAGAAGAACCAGAAAAGACAGAUCGGCCAGAAAAAGAAGUUGACAAAGUACAGAAAGAAGAGGAUGAGCAAAGAGAAAAGAAAGAGAUUGUAAAAGCGAAGGAUACGAAAGAAGCCGAGGAAGGAGUAAAGAAGAAAGAGAUAGAACAGAAGAAGGAAAAAAUAAUGGAGGACGCAGAAGAGAAUAAAAGUGAGAAAGGAAGAGACGAAAAGGAGAAGAAGGUAAAAGAACUAGAGAAAGAAGAAAUGGAGUCUAUAAAAAAAGAAGAGACGGCACAAAUAAAAAUAGAAGUGGAAAAACCAAAGACAGAAGAGGAAGCUGAGAAAAUAAAAAAGGACGAUAUAAUAGAAAAAGAAAAUCAAGAAGCAAAAUCGAAAGAUGAGGUUACGAAGAAGAAAAAGGAGGAAUUUAUCAAAGAGGAAGCGGAUGCGGAAGUGAAGGUAAGAGAAGAAGAAGUGAAGAAGAAGGAACAAAUGGAGAAAUUAAAGGAAGAGGAUGUAAUAAAAAAGUCGAAGGAAAGAAAAGAUGAAGAAGCAAAGAGCGAGAAAAUUGAAGGAAUGGAAGAGAAAAAAGAAGUGCCUGGUGGAAAAGAAGAAACUUCACAAGUGAAAAUGAAAGAAGAACAGAAGAUGGACGAAGUUGAAAAACCAAAGAAAGACGAAGCAAUGAAAAAGUCAAAAGAAGAAGAUGAGAAAGCAAAGAACGAGAAAAUUGGAGAAUUGAAAAGGGAAAGAGAAGAGUUUAGUAAAAAAGAAGAAGUCAUUCAAUUGAAAGUAAAAGAAGAAGAGCAAAAAGAGGCUGAAAGUAAAAUAACAAAGAAAGAUGAAGCAAUGGAAAAGUUGAAAGAAGAAAAGGAUGAAAAGGCAAAGAGCAAGAAAAUUGAAGAACUAGAAGAGAAAAAGGAAGAGAUUUCUAUUAAACAAGAAGAAGCCGCAGAAGCGAAAACGAAAGAAGUAGAACAGAAGAAAAGGGACGAAGCUGUAAAACCAAAGGAAAACGAAGCAAUGGAAAAGUCAAAAGAAGAAAAAGAUGAAACAGCAAAGAGCGGGAAAAUUGAAAACCUGGAAAAGAAGAAAGAGAAGCCUAAGAAAAAAGAAGCCGCACAAAUGAAAAUGAAAGAAGAACAGAAGAAGGACGAAGUUGAGAAACCAAAAAAGAAAGACGAAGCAAUGAAAGAGUCGAAAGAAGAAAAAGAUGAAAAAGCAAAGAGCGAGCAAAGUGAAGAGAUGGAAAAGAAAAGAGAAGAAUCUGAGAAAAAAGAAGAAGAAGCCGCACAAGCGAAAAUGAAAGAAGAAGAACAGAAAAAGGACGAGGUUGAAAGACCAAAGAAAGACGAAGCAAUAAAAGAGUCGAAAGAAGAAAAAGAUGAAAAAACAAAGAGCGAGAAAAUUGAAGAAAUGGAAAGGAAAAAAGAAGAAUCUGACACGAAAGAAGAAGCCGUACAAGUGAAAAUAAAAGAAGAGGAACAGAAGAACGUUGAAGCUGAAAAACCAAAGAAAGACGAAGCAAUAGAAAAAUCGAAAGGAGAAAAAGAUGAAAAAACAAAGAACGAAAAAACUGAGAAACUAGAAAAGAAGAAAGAGAAGCCUAAAAAGAAAGAAGAAACUGCACAAGUGAGAAUGAGAGAAAAGGAACAGAAGAAGAAAGAUGAAGCCGAAAAACCAAAGAAAGAUGAAGCAUUGGGAAAAUCAAAAGAAGAAAAAGAUGAGGAAGCAAAGAGCGAGAAAAUUAAAGAGCUGGAAAAGGAAAAAGAAAAGACUGGUAAAAAGGAGGAAACCGCACAGAUGAAAAUAAAAGAAGAGGAAGAAGAGAAAGGGAAGGAUGAAGGUGAAAAACCAAAGAAAGACGAAGCAAUAGAAAAGUCGAAGGAGGAGAAAGUAGGAAAAGCAAAAAGUGAGGUAAUGGAAGAAAUGGGGAAAAUAAAAAAAGAGUCUAGUAAGAAAGAUGAAGCUGCACAGAUGGAAAUAAAAAGAGAAGAGCAGGAGAAAAAGGAUGAAACUGAAAAGUCGAGAAAAGAAGAUGAGAAAUUAAAGCCAACUGCGAUUGAAGAAGCAAAGGUAAUACCAGACGAACAAAUAAAAGUGACAGAUACACAAGAAAAUAAGAAAGCACCCAUGCAAAGGAGAAGUAAGCGCGAAAGUAAAAAGGCAGAGAAAGCAGAUGAAGAACCGAUAGAAAAGAGGAAAGAGGAAAUUCGCAAAAUGGAUGAGAAAACGGCUCAAACGCAAAGUGUACACGUGAAUGAUGCAAUGAAAGAAAACGAAGCAAGCAAGGAUGAUCGGCAAUAUAGGAAAUCGAAUGAAGAUUGGGAAAGAGACGAGAGAUUACGUAUGAGACAAAAGCAAGAAGAGAAAUUCAGCGGAAAGAUUUCAGAAUUACAGGAAAGAGAAAAUAAAAGUUUAUAUUUAAAGAUUAAUAAAGAAAUAAAUGAGACGGGAAAAGAAGAGGAACGACGAUGGCCUCAAGACAUUAGAAGCGACGAAUCCAGGAUAUGGAAGGAGAGAAAGGAUCGUUCACGAAGAAAUGAUGACGAAAGGCUGGACCAAGUAGAAAUCGAACGUCCGGAGAGAAAAAGAGACGUGAGUCGAUUCAAAAAAGACGAAACCAAUUAUCUGUCUGGGGCGAAGGAAGAGAGACCUCAAAGAUGGAGCGAUGAAAAAUGGCUCAGAAAAGAAGAGAACGCCAGAUUAUUGCGAGAAGAGGAACAACGAUUACGAAGAAGACGAGAGGAGGAGAUAUCUAGAAACAAGCAAAGGAGAGAAGAGCAAAUAAGAGAAAUCGAAUGGUCUAAGAAACGCCAAAGCGAAUCCGAUCGCUUUCUCAGGGAUUUAUUAGAAACUAGAUACAGGCCCGAGAAAUCGACUUCGAUGUUUCUCGACGGCGAUUAUUUCCGGGACAAAUGGGAGCACACCUCUCGGUUUGAUUCUCGAGUAUCUAUGACGUCCUUUAGCAUGCCCAGAUCAUACAGUUGGAGAGACUCUUUGACGUCGCUAAAUCGGCGAAGAAUCGACGAUUAUUGGGACUAUAAAUUACGCAAUUUCUCCGCGAACAAAUAUUACAUAGACACUGGAUCGUCAUACAGGAGACGCAGGAGAAGGGAAAACCGUAUGAUUCGAGCGAGAUCGACCAGUUUGUUGAAGUACGAGGAUUACUCCACCGGCGACAGCGACGCGACCCUUGUACCUAGCACGCGCAUCCGGCUCACCCGACGUGCGAAGACGGAAACUCUGCCACGUAUUAGCCUUGACAGCCACGAUUCCGGCUGUUCGAGCUACGUCGGGCUCAGCCAAAAUGAGAGUCCUCCGAUCUGGGAUAAACCGAAGAAGCCAUCAUUUUGCACGAGACUGACGAACAGAAUUGUCGGAGUUGGCAUGAGAACAAGACUGACCUGCACCGUCCUCGGUAAUCCGGAACCACGAGUGCACUGGACGAAAGACGGCGAAAAGUUGGACACGUCGUCCAGCCGCUGCAAGACACGAUACGAAAACGGUAUGGCGUAUCUGGAGUUACAUGAUGUGCUUCCUGAGGACACCGGAUUGUACAUGUGCGUGGCCGAGAAUAUACACGGCACCACGAUCAGCGAGUCGACCCUGAAGGUUUACUACGACUAUAAACCAACGUAUUCGCCUCCGACGUUCGUAAGAUCGAUCAAAGAUAUAUAUCGGUACUCGGAUCACAAGCUCGUCCUGGAGUGUCGUGUGCAAGGAUAUCCAGCUCCUACGGUCUCCUGGUUGAAAGAUGGGGAGAUUCUUCAAGGUCCACGUUACAGACAGGCCUACCUGGAUAACGACGUCUAUCAUCUGGAGAUAGCUGGUCCUGGAAACUCGGAUAACGGGCGAUACACGUGUCGUGCGGUGAACGAGCUACGUACCGAGGAAAUAUCUCACGUGAUUCAUCUCCAGGAUCGGGAACGACAGCCUGCGAGCCGAAGCGAUCGAACCAGCCUGAGCAACGAAACUGACCUGGAAGUUCCUCGACGGCCGCGAUUCUCCAAUCUGUUGAAGGAUUACAAUGUGCCGACUGGCGGAACCAUCGCUCUGCAAGUAGAAGUCAAAGGUGAACCGGCCCCGGAGGUGAGGUGGUUCCGUGGCGAUCGGAAGGAGCCGAUCGCGAUACCAAAGGCGAGGAUCUUUGUUGAACGCGGCCUGCACACUUUAAUCGUGCCCGAAGCAACGGAGUCGGAAAAAGGUACAUAUUUCUGUCGGGCGAUCAAUGCUUACGGACAAGUGGAUACAAGUGCGACGGUGGACGUGAUAUCGGCGAGUGCGAUCGAUGGAGGGAAACCAGCGGUGUUCGUCUCAAGACCCGCAAGGAAAACGAUCGACGUGAUAGUCGGCGAAGACGUCAGCGUGUCCUUCCGGGCUAACGGGGUCCCGAAGCCCCGAGUAACGUGGAUGAAGGGACUAACCGACAUUACGGACGGGCCGAGAUCAUACAAGGAGAGUAUCGACGAUUACGUGAGGUUGACGUUGAAGAGAGCCUUACCUUCCGAUGAGGGUACCUAUUGCAUUCUGGUUAAGAAUAGAUACGGUUGCGACAGAUGUUUCUUCUCGAUCAAGGUGAAGCAACGCGCCAGAUCGUUGACCCCAUCGCCAGAUUGGAGUUCUGUUACCGAACGCGACGUGGAAGAAGCAGACGACAUGUCCUACGUGAGAAAUGCGCCAGGUCCAAUCAGCAGCGAGCCCGUCGUUGUUGACGGUGGCAAGAAUUGGCUCUCGUUGACUUGGGGUAAAGCAGAGAGAAGAGGGCCAGCGCCAGUGAUCGCUUACAAGGUCGAGGCUUGGCUCUUGGGCGGCGAUGGAGGCGCGCGAUGGGUAGAACUGGGCAUCACUCCGAUCAAUGCGUUCGACGCGUUCAACUUGCGGCCAGCUGGAGAAUACAAAUUUCGCGUGACUCCGCGAAAUCGUUACGGAUGGGGCGAGCCGGUCACCAUGGCGAAUUCGGUUUAUGUGAGCGAGAGUACCGAUCUCCCGGAAUUCACGAAGAUCCUACCGGGUCAGUUGAAGGCUCUCGAGGGGACGCCAGUGAGGCUGGAGUGUGCGAUUCGCGGAGAUCCAAAGAUGGAAGUGCGAUGGUACCGUGAGACGACGGAGUUGGAUUCACGCAACGACUCACGAUUCAAGAUACACUACGACACCUCCGAGUGUUCCCUGACGAUCGCGAACGUCAAGGAGGACGAUUCCGGGAGAUACGUUUGCGAAGCGAGCAACAGAAUCGGCAAGGUGUCGUCGUUCGCCAGGGUUCUCGUUGUCACCGACCCGAGGAUCAUCGAGGCCGACGCGAAACUCAGAACGAGUCUCAGCAUCGAACCGGAGGACCGGCCGCCGCAAUUCACCAUGAGGAUACGAGACAGGCGAGUGCAGACGACUUAUCCGGUGAGGCUCACCUGCCAGGUCAUCGGACAGCCCGCUCCAGAGAUCACGUGGUACAAGAACGAAGUAGAGAUCUCUCAAGAUGACCGCCACAUCUUCUGGGACGACGACUCGAACUUCCACACGCUGGAGAUCAUCCACUCGACCCUCGAAGACUCCGGAUGCUACAUGGCGACAGCUAGGAACAUAAACGGCUCGGUGUCGUGCCGGUGCGUCCUCGUGGUGGACAAGGGGAUUCGCGCUUACAUCGCCCCCGAAUUCCUGCGCGACCUCGACGCCGCUUACACGAUCCACCCAGGCAGGGAGCUACGGAUGUCCGCACAAGUCGAGGCUUACCCGAGUGUUGGCGUGGUCUGGCAUCGUGAUGGUAUCCGCCUGCGACCCAGUAGAAGGGCCACGAUGACCUUGAGUCACGAUGGCAGCAUCCAGUUCUCUCUGGCUAACAUCACCGACCGCGACGCUGGAAUUUACAGCUGUACCGCGACUAACGCGGUGGGUCACGCCGAAACAACUGCCAGGGUGGCUGUGGUGACAGCCACAGGCCACGAUCAGUCUUCCGUUGAUGAAUCAUCUGACAUUAUCAGCGCGACCCCCGCGGAUAUACCAUAUUCGAAGGAGCCUCUUUUCGUCACGAAACCAUUAUCGACGGAAGCGGUGGAGGGCGAUACGGUCAUCAUAUUGUGCGAGGUUGUCGGAGAUCCCAAGCCAGAAGUAAUAUGGCUGCGCGACUUCCUCAAGCCCGACUAUUACCGGGACGCGCCUCACUUCCGGCUGGUGGGUGCAGGGCCACAAUAUCGGCUGGAGAUACCUUACGCCAAGCUCGACUUCACCGGAACGUACUCCGUGAUAGCUCGCAACUGCCAUGGGGAGGCGAAGGCUGUAAUUUCCUUGCAAAUCUAUGCCAGAGGUCAAGGCAAAGAGGACCGUGCGCAAAAGUCUCGUCACGGGAAAGUGCUGAGUUUGCCGAUCGUAAAGAGGGAACUGCGAGACCUCAGGUGUUGCGACGGCGACGCCGUCUCCCUCGAGUGCAAGGUUUACGCCACGCCGGAGCCGCCUUUGGUUCGCUGGGAACGAGGAGGCAAGAUUAUAACGAUGGUCGGCGACUUCAACGGCGAAUUCGACGGCGAGACGGCGCGACUGAACAUCCAACACGUCUAUCCCGAGGAUGAAGGGGAGUACACGUGUGUGGCUUACAACGACCUCGGGAAAGCGUACACGUCAGCCUGUCUAGUCGUGGAUGUACCCGAAGGAAAAGAAAACAUCCUUAGCCAAAGACUGACGAGGCCGAUAGGUUUGCUCUCAGCGGGAUCGACGCCGAGAUCGACGCCGCGAUCGACGCCCAUCAGGAGCCUGUCGCCGGCAGUUUCGCAUGGACGCGAAUUCAGGUCGCCGCAGAUGCUAGCAAGAAGGGGCACGUCCAGGCGGCCGAAGGUUUGCCCGCCGAAAUUUUACGCGGUGCCGCACAAUCGCUUGGUCCAGGAGGGCGAGACCGUGCGUUUCCAGUGCGCGGUGGUCGGCCACCCGGCGCCCUGGGUGAGAUGGGACAAGAACGGCACCAUCGUGACACCGAGCGCACGAGUCUCUAUCAAGGAACGGGACGACGUGAAGAUACUCGAGAUCGUCGACGUGAUGCGGGAGGACGCCGCUCUCUACAGAAUUACGGCGGAGAAUGAUUUCGGCCGGAUCGAGGCCAGCGCUCGUCUCGAAGUGAUAAGUCGAUACGAAUCGACAAGUCGGACCAUCAGGACCAGGAGCGCCUCGCCCAGGACAUAUCCCACGUUCGACAGGAGCCUCCUGCCGACCACCGGCAGGAUAAACGGGCGUUUGCAACUGGAAUGCCGCAUGAGAGGUACACCGAGCGUCACGCCGACGUGGUACAGGAACGGACGGCCGUUGGAACGAUCGAGCAGAAUAAAGAGAUACUUCGACGGCGCGACAGCCAAAAUCGAAAUAUCGAAAGUGAAAGCCAGCGACGCGGGUGAAUACACGUGCGUGGCGACCAACGUCCUUGGAUCGACGAGGAACAGUUGUCAGGUAACCGUGUUACACCAUCACGACUCGUCCACAGCAGAUAAGAACGCGCCGCGAUUUCUACAACCCUUGCCGGAGGAGUCGAUCGUAAUGGAGAAUCACCCUCAUGAAUUCCAGACUGGAGUCACAGGCACACCUCCAUUCACGGUUACCUGGUCAAGGGAUGGUCGCGAGUUACCCGACAACGAUUACUGUAAAUACGUCAUAUACGGCGACGGUGGCGUUGCUCUUAGAUUGUCGCAGGUUCGUCCGCAGGAUGCCGGCGAAUAUACCUGCGUGGUGCGAAAUCAUUUCGGCGUUGCGUCCUGCAGCAGUCUUUUCGCUGUGCAAGACUACAAGGACCUUCCCAAAUUGGCACCCCCCCAGUUUACAAAGACACCGCUGUCAGUUAUCGCCGCGAAGGGCUCCACGGCCUGUUUUUGCGCUCGAGUACAAUGCGGAAAAGCUACGGAUGUCGCCUGGUCGGUGAACGGAAGAGACGCUCGGGAGAACGCAAAGUGCAAGAUCGAAAGAGACGGCAGCGUCAGUAUUUUGAGAAUACGCGACGUGACGUCACGCGAGGCAGGUGAAAUUAGGUGCACAGCCUCGUUCGCGGGCGGAAAGGGUCCGUCCAUCGGUUGCGUCGCGAAGCUACGGUUGCGACACUCGUCAAACAAUCUCGGUGAUCCCGCAAUAAGACCCGAAGGUAGUCAGUCAUACACCAAGCUGUCGCCGAGCAACACCGCCUGCCUCACGGGCACGCCGGAGAGAAUUGCAUCAACGUUGAAACGUGGACAACGAUGCGAGGAGUCACCAAUGCGCGUCAGGUCGUCCUCGUUCCCUCGGCGGAGCGUAUCGUCGUGCGCCCAGCACGCUUCCCCUUUGCCGGCGAGAAGACGCGCCGCUAACAACGUACCGAUGAACACGUCGCGAAAAUCACGACUCGACGGCGGUGUCGUGGCGCGAAGAACCGCGAAGCAAAACGUCGAGGAAGACGCGGUGGACAAUCCUGCGGAAUCGUCGCCGUCGACGGAAACGGAGCAGCCCCGUCAUCAAAACGACCAGGGUACCGGAAGCUACAUGAAGAGUCGGCCAACCGACUCGCAGCCGGAGCCACCGGGAGAACCUGACGAAUCGAACGACCGAGAGGAGACGAUCUGUCGGGGCGAGGAGAAUGCGGAAACGGAGCAGCCGAUGAGAGCCGCGAUCGUAAAAGAGCCAAGUGACGUCACUGUAUUCAAAGGAAACAGAGCGGUACUGCGAGUCACUUAUCAAGGACGACCCGAACCGACGGUCAAGUGGCUUCGAGUGAACCGACAGCUACUGCCGGGCGAGAAGGUCGACAUUGUCAGCGGGGAUGGUGAGUCCCUUCUGACGUUAGACGACGUGACGUACGACCACGCCGGGAAAUACGAGGUCUCGGUGGAGAACUCGGCGGGCAAGGAACGCAGCUUCUUCAGCUUGGCCGUGGAAGGUCCACCGGAACCACCUGCGGAUAGAGUUAGUGUGAACCUGAGCGCCGGACAGGCCACGAUCGUCUGGCGAUCGCCAGCUUAUGACGGAGGCCGCACGGUCAUCGGAUAUACCGUCGAGGCGAAACGCGCCGUGAAUGAAAACACGUGGAUGGUGAUCGCCGAGUCCUGUCAUUCGUUGAGUCAAACGGUACCGACAGCUCAGACCGAUUUCGUCGUACCAGGCGAAAGUUACCGUUUCCGUGUUCGAGCUGAGAACGUCCACGGGCUCAGCGAUCCCGGCGUCGAGUCCGAUCUCGUGAGAAUCCCGAAGCCAGGAGAGACGAUGUUGCAAGAGGAGGAAGAAGACAAUUUCGAGCCGAGCUUCGAACCUCGCGUGGUCGAGCCGAAGGAGGGUCGACUCUUCGACGAGGGAUACGACGUCCACGAAGAGCUGGGCAAAGGCCGGUACGGCAUAGUGAAGAAGGUGACCGAGCGUGCGACCGGUAUGUGUUUCGCCGCGAAAUUCGUCCGGACGAUCAAGGCGAAGGAUCGCGAACAAGUGCGCGAGGAGAUCAGGAUCAUGAACGCGUUGAGGCACCCGAAGCUUCUGCUGCUGGCUGCGGCUUACGAGAGUCCUCGUGAAACCGUGAUGAUCACGGAAUACAUUUCAGGCGGCGAGCUGUUCGAGAGGGUGGUGGCCGACGACUUCACCUUAACCGAGAGGGACAGCAUCCUCUUUAUGAGACAAAUCUGCGAGGGAGUCGAAUACAUGCAUCAGAACAAAAUCGUGCAUCUGGACUUGAAACCGGAGAACGUGAUGUGUCGCACGCGCACUUCUCAUCAGAUCAAGCUGAUCGACUUUGGACUUGCUCAAACGCUCAAGCCCGACACGCCGAUCAGGGUGCUUUUUGGUACGCCGGAAUUUAUUCCACCGGAGAUCAUCAGUUACGAGCCCAUCGGCACCGAAUCAGACAUGUGGAGCGUCGGUGUGAUCUGUUAUGUUCUAUUGACCGGCCUGUCCCCGUUCAUGGGAGACAACGACGCCGAAACUUUCGCCAACAUCACACGAGCGGACUACGAUCUGGAAGACGAAGCUUUCGAUGCCAUUUCAAACGAUGCCAAGGACUUUAUCAGCGGUCUGCUCAUCAAACGGAAGGAAUUACGCAUGUCGGCCGCACAAUGUCUAGAACACCCGUGGAUGGCGCAACGUAACGCGGCUAUGAGCAGGGUGGUCUUGCCGACGGACAAGCUGAAGAAAUUCAUCGUACGAAGAAAGUGGCAGAAAACAGGAAACGCCAUCCGCGCAUUGGGAAGAAUGGCGAUGCUCUCGGCGUAUAACAGACGCAGCCCUGCAACGACAGCAGAAUCGUCGCCUACGCUUGAGAAACAGUUCGACAGCCUCGAGAUAUCAUAUCCCAGCGACAUUAAUGUCACGCAAGACAACCCCGUCGGAGCGGAAUCUCAGGAAAAUAUGCAUUCCUUUCCCUCCUCCUCCCCCUGUAUGACGGGAAGAAAUAUGAAGACACAAGGGAUAAUGGCCGAUAAUAUCGUUCGCCGCAAGUUCGUCCCCGAAGUUAGUCUGGAAGGAGAAACUACUCGUGCAGAUGACUCAAUAUGGACGAUCGAUCACGAAAAGGAGUUCCAAGAUAUCAAUUUGCUCACGACUGAAGUAUCAUCGGCGAGACAAGCAAGCAGCUCGGAUUGUCCUUCAGAGCAGAUUAAUAUUGAGGGAGAAAUGUCUGAGCCGGACGUCGAGUUGACUUCAAAGCAAAAUAUUUUACGAGACGCCACGACGCACCAUCCGCAGCUCAUGUCGGAAAAGAACAAGGAAGAAAACGGCAAGGAGCUCAUCGAGAAAUCCGUCGAAAUAGAAAAACACAGCGUGCCAAGGUCGCAGGCGCUUUGCAGGGUCCUUCGAGGGGAUUCCCGCGAUUCCGGUAUAGGCGACUGCAACUCGAAUCAGAUGACCUCCCCGUUGCAAGUGGACGAAUUAGGAAUAGUGUCUACUAUCAAGGAGGAGGCGGAUCACGAGUCCCAAAGCCGAGAGGGCAAACGGACAUCUAGGAAGGAAGAUGCAGUGAAAAAUCGGCGAAGCUCAACGUCGGGUAUCCUGACUACCUUGGCGCGCAGCAAGGAAAGCCCUUUCUGCGACAUGGGAAGUAGCCGGGGUGACGACAAGGUAGCUACAAAGACUGGUGUGACUAAAGCUUCGUGUGAAAUUAAUCUCGAUCGAAAAGUUGCCGACGAGAAUACGGACGCAAGGUUACUGAUUGAACGUACCCGUGACAAGUUCCUGCCGACCGGAAACGUGAGUCGCACGGCCAGGAUAUUCGAGAGGGAGAGCGCAACAUCGAAGUCGGACGAUUCGCAGGUGUCCGCGGCGCAGCGUGCUUAUCCUGCCGCCUUAGUCGCAGGCAAGCCGUACAACGAGAGAAUACAGAAGGCUUUCGCAUUCUGGAACAAAUAAACGUAUUUCAUUAAAGUACAAUCACCGUGUACGUGUGUAUGUGUGUGUGUGUGUGUGUGUGUGUGUGUGUGAAUACAAUGCAGAUCGUGCGCGUGCACAUGCCAUAAAUGUCUGAAAAACAUCUCAGAGUCGCCCGAAGAUAUCCUGCUUGUUUUAGAUGUCUUCAGGAUGUCUCUGAUGCGUAUUUUGGAUAUUUAUGCUGGUUGGAACACACACACACACACACAUAUUCUCAGCUAUCAUGCAUAAGGAUGCGACACACAAUCCGUAGUUGAA